AAAAGCGCAUCUCUGUCAGGGAUCGAAGAAAGGAUCGAUAUCGCUGGCUAAGAAUGGUUUCUCGUCGAUAACACAGUGAAUCACGAGAGCAAAGCACACAGUUGGCCGAGCAACAGGAAAAAGAGCUGUUGUGCAGCUCUAAUGGGAGAUGGCGGCGCGGUUUGUUUUCCUUCCUUGGUUGGCGUACACUCAAAGAGCAGCCGGUUAUGUGCCUUGUCCACGGACAAACUCGCGCAUAUUCUGUCUCAGAAUCGCAUACCCCACCAAAAUCUAUGUUUGCAGUUUCCACCACGGCGGUAGUGGCAUGUGCUCCACGUACACUCCCCUCUUGCUCAUUAGUGAAGACUGAAACCAGGUCUAGAUUUUAGUACGCAUCAGAAUCUCCGGCUAUGAGAAGUUUUCACACGUCCAAUCGUAUUUUCUGUAGAUUUGUAUCGAAAGGUCAUCAUGACGGAGGUUUCUCAGCACGCGAAAUUUCGAUGGACCGAGCACCUCACCUGCCGGUUUAUUCAGCUCCGAAAGGAAAAUGGAAAGCUCUUUACCGGACGCAAAUAUUCAGCCCAAGCUGGAUGGGAGUAUAUUUUGCAACAGAUGAGAGAAGAAUUUCCUACUAUAAUGGCUAACGUACAUUACAAAGUGCUGAAGAAGAAAUGGUCGAACCUGUUGCAGCAGUACAAAGAACUGAAGAAUCCGGUUCACGGAGACAGAAACAAUGUGGAUGACGUUUCAUGGCCGUUUUACAAUGCGAUCGAUGAGGUUCUUGGAUACGAUCGAGGAUCUACGCCGAUCGGCGAUGAGUACAUCGAUCCCCACGAAUUCCUUUGCGUCUCCGUGACACCGGAAGAGCCCACCUCGUCCGUGGACGCACUUCCUGCGCAAUCUAAUCCGGAAAUCGAUCGUCGAAUCAACGAUUCGUUUCCGGAACGGAGGUUAAGGGCGCUUAGUGCCAAUUGCACGAUUGAGAUCCAGAAAGUACGACCUUCCGGUGUUAACAGACAGAUGAACAAAAAUUUUGCAAAGAGGAAACGAAAUACGCGGAAUGUCGCGGUUGCGAUGCCACGGCUACCACGUGCCACAGAACUAACGAUUGAGAAAGUGACGUCAGAGACGGACUGCAGCAAGGAUUUAUCCAGACUACGUGGAAGAGACGCCGCGUCGACUCAAGAAGACAAAGAGAGGUUAGAGCGUAACGAGGAUCAAGGGAUGCCGAGAAAGUCACGAAAAAGCCGUAUGGCAGCACCGUAUUAUGAUGAUCGCGAUUCACGAACCGAUCGCCGUAUAGAGCAGAUCUUUGAAUAUAUCAAACGACGAGACGAAGAGAAUAGAUCUAUCAUGGUACGAGUGAUGCACGCGGUAGAGAGUAUUGCUAACAAGCUAUGACACUGCUGUAGAUAUAGAAGGAGAGGGGAUGAAACCGUAUCUGACUACUUUCUAGAAAUUAUGCAAUCGGUUGAUUAAUGAUACGAUAAGAUUAUAUGGACGACGCUUUUAUACCACUCUUUACGUAUUCCUUUUAUUGAAGAUAAUGCAGAUGUAUUAAAUAUCUUUGAGAUAAAUGUAUGAAUGAAAAUAUGAAAAUGUUUUUGACUUGUUUUGUAUAUGUUUAAUUAAAUGCAAGAGAGGUUAGGUGUGUAAAUUAUCGGAUUUUUGAGAAUAAACGUGGAACAGUAAUGAAAGAGAUUUUCUUUCAGAAAUAUUACGGGGCUGUUACUGCUGGGCGUAAAGUUCAAUCGCAUACUAAAUUAGACUUAAGUUUAUAUAGAAAUUUAAAUUUUAAAUGCGGAGUUCGAGUUUGUUAAUAAAUGAUAUUUUCAAAGAUAA